AUGUCUGAAAAACUAAGAAGAUGCAGAAAGGAGCUGACUGCAGCCAUCGACCGGGCCUUUGAAGGAGUAAGUCAUUCCCAAGAGUGCCCUGGCCCACAGAGGGCGGACCUGCCCGCCUUACUCCUCCCACUACACCAGCUCCUCUGCAGGAGACACACGCUCGCCGCCUGUGCUGCAGCACCCUUUGCUCCAGUCCCGUGUGCUGUUGAGAAGGAGAGCCUUGCUUUUGCACCAAACCAUGCCCCGGUGAAUGCAAAACCACAUGUUUUCUGCCCCAAAAGAAAACCUCUGACCAGCAAGGAAAACGUAUUGAUGCAUUCGUCCAUUUUGGCACCUGAAAGGCAGUUUUGGAGAGCUGCGGGAGAUGGGGAAAACUGGAGAAAAGAAAGUUUAAGGAAAGAUUUGGAGGGAGAUUUGAAGGUUGACUCAAAUAUGCCAUUCAACAAUUCUACCCAAGAAGUCACAAAGGAUCUGCUUGAGAUGAUUGACCAUACAAGCAUCCGGACUAUUGAAGAAUUGGCUGGAAAACUAGAAUUUGAGAAUGAGUUGAACCGCAUGUGUGGUCGCUGCAACGACUCACCCCUCAAAGAAGAAGCCUGGGCCCUGCUCGAGGACGAGAACCCACAGAAGUCCUCAGAUGCUGACCCUGGUGGUCUCAAGCAGACUUUUGAUGAUUACAGUAUCGUUGAGACUGUUCUGGAUUUGGAAGAGGACUACAACUUGAUGACCUCUUUUAAAUAUCAAACUGAAUAG